CCCGGGCUGUGUUAGUCUCCUUUCCCCGGCGCUGGUGCUCCGACGCGGUUUCCCCGAUGGCCACGGACGAUCAGCGGACACGGACGCUACCGGAAGCCGGCGCGCUCCCGACGCAGCGCGGCCACCAACACCACAACAACAACAAUAACAACAACAACAACAACAAAGACGGGGAGGCGGGGGAGAGCAGCGCCACGGCCGCCACCGCCACGCCGACCGAGUCCGGCGGCGGCGGCGGUGGCGGCGGCGGGACGGGGCGGCACAGCGCCGGCGACGGCUCCGCCAUCCAGCAGCCCGCCGGCGGGAGCAACGGGAAAUGGGUCCGGCUGAACGUGGGCGGCACGGUGUUCCUGACCACCCGGCAGACCCUGCUGAAGGAGCAGACCUCCUUCCUGUACAGACUCUGCCAGCAGCAGGACCUGCACUCGGACACGGACGAGACGGGCGCCUACGUCAUCGACCGGGACCCCACCUACUUCGGCCCCAUCCUCAACUACCUGCGCCACGGCAAGCUGGUCUACAACAAGGAGCUGGCUGAAGAAGGUGUCCUGGAGGAGGCGGAGUUCUACAACAUCACCCCGCUGAUCAAACUCAUCAAGGAGAGGAUCCUGGAGAGAGACUCCAAGGCCACGCAGGUAAGGAGGAGCCCCUCCCCCCCACACACACACACUGUGCAGAUGGUGAACAUUGGUUCUUCGUACAGUUACGGGACAGAGGAUCAGGCUGAGUUCCUCUGUGUCGUCUCCAAGGAGCUGCACACACCCGGCUCUGGUGUGAGCACCGAGCAGAGCCACAAGACCAAGCCAUCGGAGAUGCAGGAGGAGGAGGCAGCAAAGGAGGAGGAGGAGGAGGGAGGGAGAGAUACCACAUCGAAUGAUUGGCUUAGAGAAUGA